AACCAUAUCUACAAAAUGGCUAACAAUAUCUCCUUCUUUCUCUCAUCCCUUGUAAUCUUAGCAGCCAUGCAACCUACCGCAGCCGUCGACUACACCCUCACCAACUCAGCAGCAGCCACCCCCGGCGGUGUUAAGUUUAAUAACGAUAUAGGGGCGGAAUACACCAUUCAAACUCUUCGCUCCGCCACAAGUUUCAUAUGGACCACGUUCAACCAAAACACAGAUGCUGACAGAAAGAAUAUUGCUCGUGUAAGCGUGUUCAUUGACGACAUGGAUGGUGUUGCAUAUACUUCCAACGAUGAGAUCCAUGUUAGCGCAAAUUACAUCCAGGGGUAUUCCGGUGAUGUCAAGACUGAGAUUACCGGAGUACUUUAUCACGAGAUGACACACGUAUGGCAAUGGAAUGGCAACGGUGAAGCUCCAGGAGGAUUGAUAGAGGGGAUUGCGGAUUACGUAAGGCUGAAGGCCGGGUAUGCACCUAGCCACUGGGUUCAGCCCGGACAAGGUGACAGAUGGGACCAAGGGUACGAUGUGACAGCUCGGUUCCUAGACUAUUGUAAUGGUCUUAGAGAUGGGUUCGUGGCUGAACUUAACAACAAGAUGAGGAAUGGCUAUAACCAUGGUUAUUUCGUCGACUUGCUAGGGAAGACGGUUGAUCAACUGUGGGCGGAAUACAAAGCUUAAUUAAGGGUGCCAGCAUUGAACAUCAUUAUAAAUUAAUUACCAAAAGUCUAUCGCUCUAUGCAUUGUAAUUAAACGAUUGCAUGGUAAAACUAUCAGAUGCAUACAAAGUUAAAUAAAAAUAAACAAGUUAUUAUUCCUUA